AUGUCCUCAGAUGAUAUGUCUGGGUUGGAACCUGUUGUGUUUCUAGCAAAAGGUGAUAGAGUUAUGCUAACCAUGAAUUUGUGGUCAAGUGUUGGCCUCUGUAAUGGAGCUACUGGAACAGUUGUUGAUAUUGUCUAUCAGAACAACCAUCAACCACCUGACUUGCCUAUCGCGGUCAUUAUUGAGUUUGAGAACUAUAGAGGUCCUGUUUUUAAUAUGAACAAACCAUCUUGCGUUCCAAUAUGUCCAAUCACAGUCUUCUCACAGUCGGAAACUGGUUUUCAUGAGCGGCAACAGCUGCCUCUGAGACUUGCCUGGGCUCUAACGAUACACAAGAGCCAAGGACUUACAAAAGCUUGGAUAGAUAUUGGGAAAUCAGAAAGAACUGCUGGAGUUUCAUACGUUGCCAUAAGCAGAGUGAAGUCGCUUUCAUCUUGCGUCAUUGAACCCAUGACAUAUGAACGAUUAACAAGUUUGAAAUCAUCGGCUAAUUUACAAUACAGGCUUGAGGAGGAAAUUAAACCGCCUAGAUCGUUUAGCACUGACUACCAAUAG